AUGAGAAUAGCGGACCCGACACAAGGUUACAACCAUGGGGUCAAGUCAAACAUCCUGCAAAGACCACCAAUCACCGAGUCUGAAUACUUGAGCAAGGAUAUAUACUUCAAUCCUUUUCUACUGCAGCUGGCAAAUGCUUACCUCGGGCAUAGACCAGUCUGGAAUUGGCUCACUGCCAAUACAGCGCUGUCGAACACCGGUGGCAUCCGCCAACCCGCACACAAGGACAGCCGCUAUGACCACCCCCUAUUCCUCUAUUACUUCAUUGCCAACAUCCCAUUGUGUGAUUUCAGCAUUGAGAAUGGGGCUACUGAGUUCUGGCUGGGAUCGCACGCCCACACGACAUCGCGAGAUCAGCGCAUGCCUGCAAGCCCAGAAGACAUCGCGCCGUACCCAGGGGGGAGCAUGGACGACCCACUACCAGCCAUCUCGGAGGAGGCGAAGGAGCGACGCAUGGAAAUUCGGCCGCCAAUACAGCCCUGCUGCCGCCGAGGAGACAUCAUGGUACGGGACCUGAGGACUUGGCAUGCUGGCAUGCCUAACUCCAGCACGGCUCACCGGGUAAUGCUGGGCUUGGGAUAUCAGAGCCCCUAUCAUGGGAACCGCACGAUGCAUGUCCAUCUUCCUACGUCCCAGAAACACUUCUUCCAGGGGAACUCUGGCGAUAUGGUAGAAGUACGUGCCAAAUGGUACGACGACGAGGAUGAGCUGGCGAAGACAAAGGAUGACACAGAUUUCCAAACACGGCCAGGCUAUGUGGCAUAA